AAGCUCAGAGAGGAAAGACACUGCUUGGCUUGGAGUGUCUGUGAGUGCAGGCAGCGGAGAGCACUGACACCACUCGCCGUUCCAGGCUUUGCUCCCAGCUCUGCCAGGUGUGGGCAAGGACUCCUGCAAGGCAGGGAGUGGAGAAACAGCUGCUCUUCCUUCUCUUCACCGGUCACCUCGUUUGGAUGAGACUUGAGCAGGAAUAUUCACUUGGGUACAGGGUGAAGAGCGUGGAAAGAUGAUUUGAAGUCAAAGAACUGUCUGAAAGUGCCUAAGCCUGGUAUUCUCAGCAAACAGCAGUGCUCAAAGGUGGUGGAAGAUACUCAAGUGAGGCACUCUCUGGAGCCAAGCAGCCUAUCAAAGCUAAGACAGCAACUCUUUGGGACCUCUUGGGAUCAUAAUCCUAGGAAGAACAACAAAUAAUUCAGGAGUGCUAUGGAUUCAAAAGCAAAACAAUAGCCAUUGCCAAACUUGAGCAGCCACAUCUGCUUUAAAACUGAGGUUGGGACACAGCUGAAAACGUUCUGAAAGGAAAUAACCUGUGUUGGCCAGAUCCUGGGAAAGCAGGUGGCCCAAAGGGGGCUUUCCUUCCUUGCUCCAUUAUGAUCUCUGGUUGAGUGUUCUUGUCCACGUGUGGAAGAGGGCAAGCUACUUCCCAGGUCUGUUGCCAAAAGCAAAGAAACUAUUUUGGAUAAGAGUGUGGGCUGAUUAGCAACCUUUUUGAAGAAUGUCUGGCCAUGACUCUGAGGACUUUGGAACAGAAAACGUCUCGGAGAAGUCUAGGAUGAUUCCUAGCCUUCCACCGUAUGACAUGAAUGACCAGCUCCUUCCCAGGGAGCCCCGGAGUGCCUGGUGCUGCUUGGCAUGGACCCUGGUGGUAGCCACCAUGAACUUCUUGGUCUUUUUAAUGAAUUUGCUCCUGAUGUUUGCUAUCUUCACUAUUGUCCUGCUUCCUACCAUCGUGGUGGUUUACUUUGGCUUCCAGUGCCACUCUCGGGUGCUGCACUCGGCUGCCCGCUACUGCAGGAGCAUCUUGGAUGACAACAGCUCUUCUGCCCUCAUUAUCCUUGGCUUUGUCAUCAUGUCCCCUCUCAUUGUGGUGGCCAUGGCUAUCUACUGCAGCCUGGCAAGGCGCCUCCGCCUCUUCAUGUGCUUCCAGCCGUACAGCAGGGCUGUGUACAAGGGGGUGAAGUGGCGCUGGUACGAGGAGGGAGGUCUCUGCAGCUGUGCCAAGGGGUGGAACACUCAAGUCAAGGCCUGGGUAUGAAUUGGCAGCACCAGAGGCCCUGCUGUAGUCAGCACCUGCUUCUUCCUGCCCUGUCCAUCUCCACUGUCACCUCCUGAAAUCACCAUCGUGAAGUCUCUGCAGAUGAAGGCUAGGUAGCACCUAGAUGUGAGAGGAAGGAGAUCUGUUAAUGAGCCAUCUCCUACAGCUUUGUGAGUGGGUAGGAUUCUGCCCACCAUGAGGGAAAUACAGAAAACAAGACCUUGGCAGUAAAGACGAUGUUCAGCCCUGAAAAGAAGAGGGUCUCCUCCCAGUGCCUGUUGCAUUCAGAGCACGGGGCUGCUUGUGGUGGUGACAGCAUGUUCUGCCUCAGCUGGGACGUAGAGUAUGUGUGUGCAGGGUUGGACAAUGGUGAGAGCAGCUGCUGGCUUUGCUGCACACCUCGGAGAGGUGUCUUUGGGAAAUGCAGCCCUUGGAGCACCCAGCCAAGAGGAAGCAACUGUGGUUUUCCCAUGUGUCAGACUGGUGACAUUUCUAACCUCUUGUGAAGGUGUCUGUAGGUCACUGCCUCUGUGAUGUUUGGGAUGUAUCACUUCCCUACGCAGCAGAUAUUCUUCCCCAAUUUAGCAAUCCCUCCUUUCCAUACCUAUAGCAGUGCUUAUGCUCCUUUUGCUGUUCCUGAUGUGCCAUAAGUCACAGCUGAGUGAAAAGCAGAGUGGAUGUGAAAGGUCUGGUGGGUGGCAGCUGGGUGCAUGAUUCCCUCCUUCCAGAUCACUGUGGGUCCCUGGAGCUGGUGGGGUCUGUGUGCUGCUCAUCUGUGCUCCCACUGCCUCUUGUUCCCCCCUCUCCCAGAUAUAACCAUUUCAAGUGUUGUGUAUAAAUAAAGAUU